AUGGAACGUCUUCCCGACUCAGGCCUCUCGGUUCUGGUUGUUGGCGCUGGAAUCGCUGGUUUGGCCUUCUCCAUCGAAGCUUACCGCCAGGGUCAUACUGUCAAAGUCUUGGAGAAGCGUGCCGCGCCGGGAGACUACGGCGAGAUAUUCUUCAUUCAAUCACCUGGGCUGCAUACGCCAUCCAAAUGGCCUGGUUUCAUGGACAGAUUGAAGAAAGUUGCUAUCUCGGCCGAGUUCCAGUUUUUCAAGUUCAGCGGUCAGAAGCUGUUCGGAACCAAGCUCGGCUCCCAAGACGUACCCACGGUAUCGGUCAGCCGUAGGGAAUUCUACGAACUGCUCCUGAACUACGCAACCGAGUUCGGUGGUGUCGUCCUUUCUGAUGGGCGCAGGCUCACUUCUGACGUUGUUGUGGCGGCGGAUGGCGUUGGUUCAAGGUCAGGGAGCCUUGUGACCGGUACCAAGGAAAAGCCCAUCAGCUCUGGUUUUGCACUAUACAGAACUAGCUACCCUACUCAAAAGGCGUUGGAGACGCCUGCUCUUGCAGAGUUUCUUCAAGGCAAGACAGAAUGGACGUCUCUGCAUAUCGGUCCCGGAGCACAUUUCUUCAUCGGUUUGUCGCCCACGGAAUUCAGCUGGGGCUUGACGCAUAGGGACGAAGAUUAUGCUGUCGAGGAUUGGAACCGUGUCGUGGACUCCAGAGGAGCGCUCCGGUAUGUCCAGGGAUGGGCACCCAUUGUCCAUGAGGUUAUCAAGUCUACGCCCAACAGUGAGGCCACUGACUGGAAGUUGCGCUUCCGUGACCCCCAGCCAAAGUGGGUUUCUGAUGGAGGCCGGGUGGUACAAUGUGGCGAUUCUGCACACUCGUUCCUGCCCUCAUCCGGCUUCGGUGCCACAACCGCGCUUGAGGAUGCCUUCUCUCUUGCAGCCUGCCUUAAGAUGGGCGGCAAGGAGUCUGCCCCAAUCGCCACCAAGGUUCACAACCAUCUCCGCUUUGAACGAACAGCUUGUGCUCAGAAGAUAGGCUUCAAGUCGAGGGAGGCUUUCCAUCGCACCAACUGGGAUGAGGCGGCCACGAACCCUCGGAGCAUUGCCAAAUUCACAGGGGCAUGGCUGCUGAAGCAUGAUCCUGAGCUUUAUGCCUAUGAGAACUACGAGGCUUGCGCAGCCCAUUUGCUUCAUAGAAAGGAAUUCAAGAACACGAACACGGUUCCAGGCUUUCCUUUCAAGCUUUGGACCGUUCAGGAAUUGCUGGACAAGUCUGAUAGAGGGGAGUCGAUUGACGAUGACGAGGGCGAUUGUGAUAGGGUCUCCGAUGUUCACGAUGAUCCCACGCAGAUCAUCGACUCUGGCCAUCGAACAUAG